CUCAUAAUGAGAAACUGGCAACAGCUCACCCUACUGCUUCUCUUUCUUUCUGUAGUUAACGGAUGUUUCCUCAAUUCCUGCCCCUACAGAAGAUAUGGUCGCACACUACGUUGUUCGCAGUGCGGUCCCGCUGGAGAAGGGCUGUGCCUCAGAAGCGGACAGUGCUGCUCACAUACUGAUUGUUAUGCCAGUGAGGAUUGCAAUCCAGGCGCAACUUGCCCAGAGAAUUUUUGUAGGUUCGAUGGAGUUCCGGGUAUCUGCAUAUCGAAGCUGCUAUGUUGCACAAGUAGCCAAUGUAUCAGAAGCAUUCAGUGUGCGUAAGGAAGCUCGAUAACAACGGAGAAGCAACAUGACCAACUAUAACUUCCAUAAAUAAAC